GUCAUUUUCUCAUCGGGGGACCCAGUUCGGUACUCGUAUGCACACACAAACCUAACACCUAUUUCUUCUUGCAUCUUAUAUGAUACACACAUUCACACUCUCAAAAAUCUAAAUCCUCUUCCAAACAUUUUCUCUUGAGGAUCAUCAUGAGACAGAUCAUUUUGCUUCUUGGAAAUUGAAAAAAAGAUCGAGUUGAUAUGGAAAACAUGGGAGAUUCGAGCAUUAAUGGGCCGGGCCAUCCACAUCUCCCUCCCGGGUUUCGGUUUCAUCCGACCGACGAGGAACUAGUAGUUCAUUACCUCAAGAAGAAAGCUGCUUCUAUUCCACUUCCUGUCUCAAUCAUCGCCGAGAUUGAUCUAUACAAGUUCGAUCCUUGGGAGCUUCCGAGCAAGGCGAGUUUUGGAGAGCAAGAGUGGUACUUCUUUAGUCCUAGAGAUCGGAAGUAUCCGAAUGGAGUUAGACCGAACCGGGCAGCAACUUCCGGUUACUGGAAAGCCACGGGAACCGAUAAACCGAUAUUUACGUGCAAUAGUCACAAGGUUGGCGUCAAGAAAGCGCUUGUGUUCUAUGGUGGAAAGCCUCCUAAAGGGAUCAAAACGGAUUGGAUCAUGCAUGAGUAUCGCCUCACCGAUGGUAGCCUUACCACUGCAGCUAAGCUACCUGACUCAGCCACCACAAGGAAAAACUCACUACGGCUAGACGAUUGGGUUCUAUGUAGGAUCUAUAAGAAGAACAGUUCACAAAGACCGACAAUGGAGAGAGUAUUACUAAGAGAGGAUCUAAUGGAAGGAAUGCUCUCAAAAUCAUCUGCUAAUUCUUCUUCCACAUCGGUUUUAGACAACAACGACAACAACAACAAUAACAAUAACGAAGAGCACUUUUUCGAUGGUAUGGUCGUCUCGUCCGACAAACGUUCCUUGUGUGGUCAGUACCGGAUGGGUCACGAGGCCUCGGGAUCAUCUUCAUUCGGAUCCUUCUUAUCAAGCAAGAGGUUUCAUCAUACGGGCGAGCUCAAUAACGACAGCUACAAUGUCUCUUUUGUCUCAAUGCUUAGUGAAAUUCCCCAGAGUUCGGGGUUUCAUGGAAAUGGAGUCAUUGAUACGACGUCGUCUCUAGCUGAUCAUGGGGUUUUAAGACAGGCGUUUCAGCUUCCCAAUAUGAACUGGCACUCAUAAAUCAUAAUCCAUAUAGAUAUGUAUGUAUGUACUUAUGCACACAUAAAUAUAGUUUACACAGAUUAUAUAGGAAUCUAUAUACUCACAUGAUCUCACAUAUGUAUACGUAUCUGUUUACGUCAAGAAAGGUGUAUACGUCUCUUUUUAUAUCAUGGUUGAAAGAUGUAUACUAAUAACAGAAGCCGAAUAAGAAUAUCUUCCUUAUAGAUAAGUUGAG